AUGAGGCAUCUCAUACAACUAGAAGCCAUAUAUGCUCAAAGGAUUGCCGAUCCACUAGCGUAUAAAGAGCAGCAGCAGAUACUGAUGUUUAGGAAGAGAGUAGUGAAGAAAAGCCCUGUCAAUGAAAAAGGCCAGAAGAAGAGGCAAAAAAUCGACUUCAGCAAUGAGAAGCCGGUCGCUAGCGAUCAUGGUGACGACUUCGUUGGCAGUAUCCCCUCAACAAAAGCUGAAAGUGCCAAGAGGCUUCGGCCCUCAGGUCCGGAUGAGAACAGUCUAUCUAGACGAAACGAGGAUUUGGGUAAGUACACUCUGACGGUCAACGACGACUCUACAAAGGAAGACCUAUUGAACUCGGAGAGAAGAGAGCUGACUGAGAAAGUCAGGAAAGAGCAGUCCAACGACAGCAACGAGCUAGCAUUGAAUAUGAGUGGCAAAAAGGCCCGGCUAGCUAAACAGAUUAACCAACCGUCGAAUAUCCGGACCACGGUGCUUAUGGACUUCCAGCCUGAUGUUUGUAAAGAUUUCAAACAGACAGGGUUUUGUGGCUACGGAGAUAGUUGUAAAUUCUUACAUUCAAGGGAUGAUUUCAAUACUGGUUGGAAGUUAAAUCAAGAAUGGAAUGUAGAUGAUGAAGACUCGCGGAAGGACGCAUUGGACUUGGGCAAGAUCCCUUUCAAAUGUGUUAUUUGUAAGGAGAAUUACAAGUCACCUGUGGUCACAAACUGCGGGCAUUUUUUCUGUGGGUCGUGCUUUGCUAUAGAGAUGAAGAAAGGUACCAAAUGCUUCAUAUGUGGCAAGGAAACGCACGGCAGUGCCAAAGUAGCUGCCGAUUUGCAAAAAAUAUUGGGCAAGAGGAAGGUGUGA